AGUUUUUUUGGAUUAUCCUCGAUCGACAAUAUUUACCAGAAGCUUCAAUUAGUGCGAAACUCAUCGAUUUUCACCGGUUUUUGAAGUAUUAUGCAAUGGAAGAAGAAGAAAAAAAGAAAAGUAUAGGAGAAAUUUCUGUGGAUUCGGUUACUCCUGAAGUAGCUACUGUUGGGGAGGAUUUUAAGGGAUCAUAUCAUGAGGAGAAUGUUAAUGUCAAUGGUCAUGGUGAUGAAGCUCAGGUAAGAAAUGGUAGAGAUGUUUUGGAAGGGUUUCAUCCUUCCAGUGUUACCGUGGAUGAAAGCCAGUUUGAGCAAGUAUGUUUAGAAAAUCAAGAAAUGUCUGAUGGAGUGUCUCCUGCUGGUCAUGUGGAUUCAAAUCGUUCAUCAAAUUCAGAUUAUGAGAGACAUUCAUCUGGUGAGUUUGAUGAAUCUUCUGUACAUUUAAGUAGAUUGUAUGGGCCAGAACAUGGUGGUUCCCCCGGUGCUGAAACGCAACAUGAUCAUUCUAUUUCAAGCCCAGGAUCUGGUAGACAAUCAUAUUAUACCAUGAAGCAGUCCAGUUCAGCGACUAGUCUUGAUAACUUUUAUGCAAAUUCUGGAUUUUCUCCCAUUGGCUCACCAGGAAAGCCUAAGCCCAAAGCUGUUGUGCUGAAUGUCUCACCAGAGUUAUUGCAUUUAGUUGACUCUGCCAUAAUGGGAAAGCCUGAAAGCUUGGAGAAACUGAAAAAUAUUGUUAGUGGAGCUGAAACUUUUGGGAGUGCAGAGGAAUCAGAGAGUGUUGCCUUUUUGGUUGUUGAUUCACUUCUUGGAACGAUGGGUGGAGUCGAAAGUUUUGAAGAGGAUGAGGAUAGCAAUCCUCCGAGUGUGAUGCUAAACUCUAGGGCAGCAAUUGUUGCUGGUGAGCUUAUUCCCUGGCUUCCCUGGGUUGGAGACAGUGAGAUUUUCAUGUCCCCUAGGACACGGAUGGUUACAGGAUUGCUUGUUAUAUUACGGUCUUGCACAAGAAACAGGGCAAUGUGCUGUAUGGCUGGGUUAUUAGGAGUUCUUUUGAGGUCAGCUGAGAUUAUUUUUGCUCAGGAGGCUGGUUCAACAGAGCAGUUGAGAUGGGAUGGAACUCCCUUAUGCUAUUGCAUGCAGUAUUUAGCUGGACAUUCACUAAAUGUUGCUGAUUUGCAGAUAUGGUUUCAGGUUAUUACAAGAACAAUUACUACUGCAUGGGCACCUCGCUUAAUGCUUGCAUUGGAGAAGGCUGUGGGUGGAAAGGAGUCAAAGGGACCAUCAUGUACUUUUGAGUUUGAUGGUGAAAGUUCUGGUUUGCUUGGACCAGGGGAUAGCCGUUGGCCAUUUAUCAAUGGGUAUGCAUUUGCCACGUGGAUCUAUAUUGAAUCUUUUGCAGACACUUUAAAUACUGCAACUGCUGCUGCUGCAAUAGCUGCUGCGGCUGCAGCCACGUCAGGAAAAUCAUCAGCGAUGUCAGCUGCAGCUGCUGCCAGUGCACUUGCAGGUGAAGGAACAGCGCACAUGCCUCGUUUGUUUAGUUUCUUAUCUGCUGAUAAUCAGGGGUUGGAAGCAUAUUUUCAUGCACAGUUUUUGGUGGUUGAAUGUGGAAGUGGAAAAGGAAGAAAGGCCUCUUUACAUUUUACUCAUGCAUUCAAGCCUCAAUGCUGGUAUUUUAUCGGUCUGGAGCAUGUUUGCAAGCAGGGACUUAUUGGGAAAGCUGGGAGUGAACUAAGAUUAUACAUCGAUGGAUCCCUAUAUGAAACUCGUUCAUUUGAGUUUCCUCGCAUCUCAAAGCCAUUGGCAUUUUGCUGCAUUGGGACAAAUCCUCCUCCUACGAUGGCUGGUUUGCAACGUCGUCGUCGUCAGUGCCCUUUGUUUGCUGAGAUGGGGCCUAUAUAUGUAUUUAAGGAACCCAUUGGCCUGGAAAGAAUGGCACGUUUGGCUUCUAGAGGAGGUGAUGUGUUGCCCUCCUUUGGUAAUGGGGCAGGCCUUCCUUGGUUGGCUACAAAUGAUCAUGUGCAAAGGAAGGCAGAGGAAAGCUCUCUAUUGGAUGCAGAAAUUGGAGGAUGCAUUCAUCUACUUUACCACCCCAGUUUACUUAGUGGCCGAUUCUGUCCAGAUGCUUCACCAUCUGGUGCUGCAGGUAUGUCACGCCGUCCAGCAGAGGUUCUUGGGCAAGUCCAUGUUGCAACACGAAUGCGACCUGUAGAGGCUUUAUGGGCCUUAGCUUAUGGAGGCCCCAUGUCUUUACUUCCUUUAGUUGUAAGCAAAGUGCAUAAAGAUAGUCUGGAACCAGAACAGGGGAGUACUGAUUUGUCUGUGGCUACAGCUUCUCUUGCUGCACCAAUAUUCAGAAUCAUUUCCAUGGCUAUUCAACACCCUGGGAACAAUGAAGAAUUGUCUCGGACCAAAGGGCCUGAGAUUCUAUCUAGAAUAUUAAACUAUCUUCUACAAACUUUGUCUUCUCUAAAUUCUGGAAAACAUGAGGGUGUUGGAGAUGAGGAGCUUGUUGCAGCUGUGGUCUCUCUAUGUCAGUCUCAGAAGAUCAAUUGUGCACUCAAAGUGAAGCUUUUCAGUACACUGCUUCUAGAUCUUAAAAUUUGGAGCUUGUGCAACUAUGGGUUGCAAAAGAAACUUCUUUCCUCUCUCGCAGAUAUGGUCUUCACAGAGUCAUCAAUCAUGCGAGAUGCAAAUGCUAUUCAGAUGCUUCUUGAUGGCUGCAGGAGGUGCUAUUGGAUAGUUCGUGAAAAGGACUCAGUGAAUACAUUUUCUCUUGAUGAUAAUACACGUCCAAUCGGUGAAGUGAAUGCCUUGAUUGAUGAGCUCUUAGUUGUCAUUGAACUUUUAAUUGUAGCAGCACCACCUUCAUUUGCUGCUGAUGAUGUCAGGUGUCUUCUUGGAUUCACAGUUGACUGCCCACAACCUAAUCAGGUGGCCAGGGUGUUGCAUCUGUUCUACAGACUAGUGGUACAGCCGAAUGCAACAAGAGCUCAAUCAUUUGCAGAGGCAUUUGUAGGUUCCGGUGGAAUAGAAACACUUUUGGUCCUUCUGCAAAGAGAAGCUAAAGCUGGUGACCAUAGCAUCCCAGAAUCUACUGCCAAGACUGAUCAAAGUUUGGUAGUUCAGAGAACUCAAGAAGAAGUAGAUGGCAGCUCUGGGGUUUCAGAAAGAAGUCCGGAUGAAGUAUCCCUUGAGGAGGGGGAUCAAAUUUCACAAGAUAAAGUUUUUGAGUCACAACACUUCAAUAGCCAUACUGCUGCCAUGUCAUCAGCUGAGAAAUUUGGAAGGAUGUCAUCUGUUUCUGAAAACCAAUUUUUGAAGAAUUUGGGUGGUAUAAGUCUGUCCAUUAGUGCUGACAAUGCAAGGAAUAAUGUUUACAAUAUUGACAAAAGUGACGGAAUUGUUGUUGGGAUCAUUGGGCUGUUAGGUGCUCUAGUAGCACAUGGGCAUUUAAAAUUUGGUUCACAUGCUCCUUCAGAAAUGACAAACAGCCUCUUUGGUGGUGGACUGAAUGAAGGAGGUGGGACCAUGUUUGAUGAUAAAGUUUCUCUUCUGUUUUUUGCCUUGCAAAAGGCUUUCCAGGCUGCUCCAAAUAGGCUUAUGACAAGCAAUGUGUACACUGCCUUAUUAGGGGCCUCGAUUAAUGCUUCUUCAACAGAGGAUGAGUUGAACUUUUAUGACUCUGGUCACCGUUUUGAGCAUAUGCAACUUCUGUUAGUUCUAUUACGUUCACUGCCAUAUGCAUCUAGAGCUUUCCAAAGCCGAGCCCUACAGGAUCUUCUGUUUUUGGCUUGCAGUCAUCCUGAAAAUAGAAGCAGUCUGACAAAAAUGGAGGAAUGGCCUGAAUGGCUUCUAGAGGUCCUUAUCUCCAACCAUGAGAUGGAUACAAAAAAGGGGUCUAAUUCGGCAAGCCUAGCAGACAUAGAGGACCUCAUACACAGCUUCCUAAUUAUAAUGUUGGAACACUCAAUGCGCCAAAAGGAUGGAUGGAAGGAUAUUGAAGCUACAAUUCAUUGUGUGGAAUGGCUCUCUAUUGUUGGUGGCUCUAGCACCGGAGACCAGAGAAUUAGGCGUGAAGAAUCUCUGCCAAUAUUUAAGAGAAGGCUCUUGGGUGGAUUGCUGGAUUUUGCUGCCAGAGAAUUGCAGGUUCAGACUCAACUUAUUGCUGCGGCAGCUGCUGGUGUUGCAGCUGAGGGUUUGUCACCAAAAGAUGCCAAGGCAGAAGCAGAAAAUGCUGCACAGCUUUCUGUAUUUUUAGUGGAGAAUGCAAUUGUCAUUUUAAUGCUUGUUGAAGAUCACUUACGGCUGCAAAGCAGAAUAUCUCGUGCAUCACAUAUAGUUGAUAGUUCUCCAUCUCCUCUUUCUCUUGUAUCUCCCCUGAAUAGUAACCCAACUUCAUUGACAUCGAUUAGUAGAGAAUCAUUUGAAUCUGCUGGUGACAGUAGGGAUUCUGGCGGUCUCCCACUUGAUGUCCUUGCUUCAAUGGCUGAUGCUAGUGGGCAGAUUUCUGCAGCAGUGAUGGAAAGACUUACUGCUGCAGCUGCAGCUGAGCCUUAUGAAUCUGUUUCCUGUGCUUUUGUAUCUUAUGGGAGCUGCACCAUGGAUCUAGCUGAGGGUUGGAAAUACAGGAGCCGUUUAUGGUAUGGUGUUGGCCUUCCUUCAAAAACAUCUGUCUUUGGUGGUGGUGGCAGUGGCUGGGAAUCUUGGAAUUCUACUUUGCAGAAGGAUGCUAAUGGAAAGUGGAUUGAACUUCCUUUGGUAAAGAAGUCGGUGGCCAUGCUCCAAGCUUUAUUGUUAGAUGAUUCUGGACUAGGUGGUGGUCUUGGUAUUGGUGGAGGAUCAGGUACUGGGAUGGGAGGAAUGGCAGCGCUUUACCAGUUACUGGACAGUGACCAACCAUUCUUAUGCAUGCUUCGGAUGGUGCUUCUUUCUAUGAGGGAAGAAGACAAUGGAGAAGACGGUAUGCUUAUGAGAAAUGUUAGUGCUGAAGAUAAUAUGUCCAAACAAUUCCAAGGGAGCAACAUCACGUCCUCAGAUAGCAGCACCAGAGUGGCAAUGAGACAACCACGAUCGGCAUUGUUAUGGAGUGUGCUUUCACCUGUUCUGAACAUGCCAGUUUCUGACUCCAAGAGACAGAGAGUUUUAGUUGCAUCUUGUGUUCUCUAUUCUGAGGUGUGGCAUGCUGUUGGGAGGGACAGAAAGCCACUUCGUAAACGGUAUCUUGAGGCCAUUUUACCACCGUUUGUUGCUGUUUUAAGGAGGUGGCGACCACUUUUGGCUGGAAUUUAUGAACUUGCCACUGCUGAUGGUUUGAAUCCCCUUAAUGUUGAUGAUCGUGCACUGGCUGCCGAUGCACUGCCUUUAGAGGCAGCUCUUGCAAUGAUCUCUCCAGCUUGGGCUGCUGCUUUUGCAUCACCACCAGCUGCUAUGGCAUUGGCAAUGAUUGCUGCUGGUGCUUCUGGUGUAGAAACACCUAAUCCCCCAACAAAUGCACAGCUUCGGCGUGACUCCUCUUUGCUUGAACGGAAAACCUCUAAGCUGAAUACUUUUUCAAGCUUUCAAAAACCUCUGGAGAUGGCUAACAAGUCACCAGCUCUUCCAAAGGACAAGGCUGCUGCAAAAGCUGCUGCAUUGGCAGCUGCACGUGAUCUUGAACGCAAUGCAAAGAUUGGUUCUGGAAGAGGUCUUAGUGCUGUUGCAAUGGCCACAUCUGCACAAAGGAGGAAUGCUAGUGAUAUGGAGCGUGCAAAGAGAUGGAAUACUUCUGAAGCCAUGGGAGUUGCCUGGCUGGAAUGUCUGCAAUCAGCUGAUACAAAAUCUGUUUAUGGGAAAGAUUUUAAUGCUUUGUCCUAUAAAUUUAUUGCUGUACUUGUUGCAAGUUUUGCUUUAGCAAGAAACAUUCAGAGAUCAGAGAUUGAUAGGCGCACACAGGUUGAUCUAAUUGCACGGCAUCGAUUAUGCACUGGAAUUCGUUCAUGGCGCAAACUUAUCCAUUGCUUGGUAGAGAUGCAAUGUCUUUUUGGGCCAUUCGGGCAUGAAUUAUCCAAUCCCACACAAAUUUUCUGGAAGCUGGAUUUAAUGGAAACUUCUUCACGGAUGAGACCAUGCUUGAAAAGGAAUUACAUAGGGACUGAUCACCUUGGUGCUGCUGCUAAUUAUGAGGAUCAAACUCUGAUGAAAAAGAAUGAAGAGACUGUGAUAAGUCCAUCUAGUGCUCCAGUUCUGGCAGCAGAAGCAAUUUCAAUGGAGGUAGUAAAUGAAGAUGAUGAGCAGCCAGAAACUGAUGAGCAUGGCAGAGCCUAUGAAAGUGAAAAAGGUAAAGAAGAUGAAUCGAGGUUGUCUGGAGCAACUGAGCAAAUCCUUAAGGCACCAGAAGAAUCCAGUGAGUCUCAACUGGCUGGUGACCAAAACUUGGUCCAAAGUUCAUCAGCAGUUGCACCUGGAUAUGUUCUUAGUGAACAUGAUGAGAGAAUUGUUCUUGAACUUCCUUCGUCCAUGGUUCGGCCGCUGAGGGUUAUACAGGGAACAUUUCAAGUAACUUCCAGGAGAAUAAAUUUUAUUGUUGAGAACUCUGAAAGCAGCAGAAUGGAUGGUUUAGAAGGAAACUCUGAACAGAUUAUAAAUGAUGAAAAAGAUCGUAGUUGGUUGAUGACUUCUCUUCAUCAAAUAUACAGCAGAAGGUACCUACUAAGAAGAAGUGCUUUGGAACUGUUUAUGGUUGACCGUUCUAAUUUCUUCUUUGACUUUGGGAGUACUGAGGGGAGAAGAAAUGCAUAUCGAGCAAUUGUCCAAGCACGACCUCCUCACUUGAACAAUAUUUAUCUGGCAACUCAGAGACCUGAACAGCUUUUAAAAAGAACUCAGCUAAUGGAGCGCUGGGCCAGAUGGGAGAUAAGCAAUUUUGAAUAUUUAAUGCAGCUGAAUACAUUGGCUGGGCGAAGUUAUAAUGACAUAACUCAGUAUCCAGUUUUCCCAUGGAUUCUUUCUGACUACAGCUCAAAGAAUUUGGAUCUUGCUGAUCCGUCUGCUUACCGAGAUCUAUCGAAGCCUGUUGGGGCAUUGAAUCCAGAUCGUCUUAAAAAGUUCCAAGAGCGAUAUGCUAGUUUUGAUGAUCCAGUGAUUCCCAAGUUUCAUUAUGGUUCACAUUAUUCGAGUGCAGGAACGGUGCUAUACUAUCUUGUUAGGGUCGAACCUUUUACUACACUCUCUAUUCAACUUCAAGGUGGAAAAUUUGAUCAUGCUGACCGGUUGUUUUUGGAUCUUGCUGCUACUUGGAAUGGGGUUCUUGAGGACAUGAGUGAUGUGAAGGAAUUGGUUCCUGAAUUGUUCUACCUUCCAGAAAUCUUAACCAAUGAAAAUUCAAUCGACUUUGGAACAACACAGUUAGGGGGAAAAAUUGAUUUUGUCAAACUUCCUCCAUGGGCUGAAAACCCAGUUGAUUUCAUUCAUAAGCAUCGGAUGGCUCUUGAAAGUGAAUAUGUCUCUGCACAUUUGCAUGAGUGGAUUGACCUCAUAUUUGGGUACAAGCAACGGGGUAAAGAAGCUAUAUCAGCUAAUAAUAUUUUCUUCUACAUCACCUAUGAAGGGACUGUUGAUAUUGAUAAAAUCACAGAUCCUGUACAACAGCGUGCUACCCAAGAUCAGAUUGCUUAUUUUGGACAAACUCCAUCCCAACUUCUCACUGUCCCUCAUAUGAAAAAGAUGCCACUUGCAGAGGUUCUUCAUUUGCAGACUAUCUUUCGGAACCCAAAGGAAAUCAAACCAUAUGCCAUUCCAGCCCCAGAACGCUGCAAUUUACCUGCAGCUGCUAUUCAUGCAUCUUCAGAUACUGUCAUAAUUGUUGACACGAGUGUUCCAGCAGCACAUGUUGCACAGCACAAGUGGCAGCCAAACACCCCUGAUGGCCAGGGUACACCAUUCCUUUUUCAACAUGGGAAGGCAAUGGUAAACUCUGGGGGUGGAGCAUUAAUACGCAUGUUUAAAGGGCCCACUGGUUCUGGUUCUGCUUCUGAUGAGUGGCAAUUUCCCCAGGCAAUAGCAUUCGCUACAUCUGGGAUAAGAAGCUCAGCUGUAGUCGCUAUCACAUGCGAUAAAGAUAUUAUAACUGGAGGACAUGCAGAUAACAGUAUCAAGCUACUGUCUACUGAUGGAGCGAAAACUCUGGAAACAGCUUUUGGGCACUGUGGUCCGGUCACUUGCAUUGCUCUCUCACCUGAUAGCAACUACCUUGUGACUGGAUCAUGGGACACUACGGUAUUACUUUGGAGGAUACAUAGGGCAUUUACAUCUCGCUCAAGCAGCAUAACUGAUGCAACUAUGGUUUCCAGCACGCCAAACUCAACUAGUAGUAAUACCAUGGCUAACAUCUUGGCAGAGAAAAGCAGGAGAUGCCGUAUAGAAGGUCCCAUACAUGUCCUCCGAGGUCAUCAAAGGGAAAUUCUUUGUUGCUGUGUAAGUUCAGAUCUAGGUAUUGUAGUUUCCUGUGCCCCUUCAUCAGAUGUUCUGUUGCAUUCUAUAAGGAGGGGAUGCUUGAUCAGACGGUUUGCUGGUGUGGAGGCUGAUGCUGUCUGCCUUUCAUCAGAGGGGGUUGUAAUGACCUGGAACAAAGUCCACCAUACCCUAAAUACUUUCACUCUUGCUGGGGUUCUGAUUGCCAGUGUGCAACUUCCUUUCUCAGGCAGCAUCAGUUGCAUGGAAAUUUCAGCAGAUGGUAAGAGUGCUUUGAUUGGAAUGAACUCUUGCUCAGGAAAGAAUGAAAACUGGAAUAAUAAACGAGACUUCAAUUCGAAGAAGCUAGGGAGUGGUGAUUUUGAUCUUCAGAAAGAUGGAACUAAUGAAAGCAACAGAUUGGAUGUUCCAUCGCCUUCAAUUUGCUUUCUAGAACUCCAUACCCUGAAGGUUUUCCAUGUGUUGAAGCUGGAAGAAGGGCAGGAUAUUACAGCCCUUGCUUUAAACAAGGAUAACACAAAUCUUCUAGUUUCAACUGCGGAUAAGCAGUUCAUUAUAUUCACAGAUCCAGCUUUGAGCUUGAAAGUGGUGGAUCAAAUGCUCAAGCUUGGCUGGGAAGGUGAUGGGCUCAGCCCCCUAAUAAAGUCAUAGCAGUAAAUUUUACUUAGUAGGAGAAUGAGUACAGAGAAUGUAGCAUACAACAAUACCGGGCUUAAUCUGAUCAAGCACAUGGAGCUGCUCCAAUUGGGGGAUCGAUUCAAUCACACUACAACUCCAAUCUUUGUGUGUGUAACAUAUGUAUGUAAUUUGACAACACUGUAAAUGCAUUUUCACCCGUUUCCUGAUACACCACCGAGACCAGCCAGUAUAUACUCCGAGUCUGAGGUUGAAGCCUGCGAUCUUCACUUUUUGUUCAUCAUUUGUUUUUGCAUUCUAUUUUUUGACAAAAUAGUUAAUGAAAAAUAUCAUAGCAAUUUUUUCAUGUAUUCUCUUGCCCAUUUUUACCGUAUGUCGGGAUUUAGAAGCUAGUUUUUAGACAUUACAGAGGUUUAAACCCCUAAUCUUAAUAUUAAAUUAAGGCUUUUAAA